AAAAAAUAAAUCUCCCUACAAGAAAAAACCCUAACUCACCCGAUUACAAUCGGAUUCAUCAAGAGACCGAAUAACAUCACUCUAUUUUACUCAUUACCCACUCUCAGGCUCCAACCAGGCAGGCAGGCAACCAGUACCAUAACAUUGUUUGAAAAUGGAGGCAGAAACAAAAUCAGAAAGGGAGAAAGCAAACGUAAUCGAGGAACCAGAAGAAGUAAAAGAACAACAACAAGAUGAUGACGACGAUGAUCAACCAAUGCUAAGUUCUCAAGCUUUAGAAGCCCUAAAAGAGUUUCUAAGUGAACAAAGUAAUCAGUCACAUGAAGAGAAUGGAAGAGGAGAAGAUUCUGAAAAAGUUGACCUAGUUGUUGAGGAUUGGAGAUUGAGUCAGUUUUGGUAUGAUAAAGAAACUGCUGAAACUGUAGCUGAAGAAGUUCGGAAACUCAGUGCUUCCACUUCUUCUUCUGUUGUUUGCAUUGCUUGCCCUACCCUUUAUGCAUAUCUCAAGAAAAUUGAUCCUAGCAUCUCAGUGCAACUUCUCGAGUAUGACAACCGUUUUGAACAAUAUGGGAGUGAUUUCACAUUUUAUGAUUACAACAAACCAGAAGAGUUACCACAAGAACUGAAGCAUGCAUAUCAAAUUGUUGUUGCAGAUCCUCCUUAUCUGAGUAAGGAAUGCUUGGAGAAAGUAACUCAAACAGUGGAGUUUCUUAAGAAACCAGGCGACUCCUGCUUGCUGCUAUUGACAGGGGAGGUUCAAGAGGAGAGAGCGGCGGAACUCAUGAAUUUAUAUGCAUGUGGCUUCAGGCCUCGGCACUGUAGUAAACUUGGAAACGAGUUCAGGCUGUUUACAAACUACGAUCCUGGAGAGAGGUUAGGUGGUUGGGAAGGCCGCAACACAUAGGGCACCUUCUAUUUUCCUCAGAUUGUUCUUAUUCCACCUGUUGGUUUGGUUCUAAUCAGAUAAACAUAGCUUCUAAAGUUGGAUUGUCUCAAUUUGUAUUCAAAUAUCCAGUGUAACACUAAGAAACUAACUUACUUGGAGUACAGCGAUUUAUGUUUCCCUUGUAACACUACGAAACCAAAUUAUUUGGAGGCGGCAGAUAUGUCACUUGAAACUUGCACAAGUGUCUUCUGUAAAUCAAA